UAGUGACAUUAUCGACGACUCCAUCAACGGAUUUGUUUAGCUAAUUUAAGGGGUUAACGUAGCGGUGUUUGGUUGCUUUUCUAACGUGUAACAUUAAACCAAACUUCUUUAUUUAUAUAUACAUAUACAUAAAACAUAGUUAACUUAUACAUUUGUAUUUGACUCAUAGAGCAGCGCAACACAUGGCGGCACCAAAAGCGGACAUUUCCAGGAUGCGGGCGGUGAGGACGUCGAAAAGAGCCGACAAAUCGUCCCCAGCGUCCACUCUGAACUUAAUGCAAAGACUGCCAUCUGAGAUCCUGAUGAAGAUUCUAUCGUACCUAGACGCCGGCGCUCUUUUCAGCAUCAGCCACAUCAAUAAGCUCUUCUUCCAGCUUGCAAAUGAUGAUGCUCUGUGGAGCAAGAUAUACAUAGCAGGGUUAAUCAAGAACAAAAAGCGGGAGCCUAUUUGCGUGGACGAGCUGUUGCUGAAGACGGCCGCGACGGAGGUGCAGGAUCGGGCCGCGGGCUGCUGGAGGCGGCUGCACUUCACGUCCGUAGCUGCGUAUGAAAUGAACAAGUGGAAAAGUCAUCUUAGAGCCAUUAGCCUUCACACCGGGAUGCCCAGCCAAACGGAGCGGGUCCUCAGAAACUUGCACGUCAGCUGGGAGCUGACUGUGUCUGAUCAGUCGGGGCGUCAGUGCACACAUGAACCGAACUGGUCCCGGUUCUGCGAGACUUCUGUGACUCUGUGCUGGGGCGGAGGAGGCUACCAGCAGAUUUCCACCCUUCAACUCCACGGCGUCAGGAGGAUAGCCCUCAACUGCCCCGGCCUGAAGAAACCUGGACGGCGGUCCCUCAUGGCGAAGUUAGACAUGGAGGCUCUGGCUGAACGCGCGCAAGUCAUUGGCCAGGACAGACUGGUUGAACUGAAGCUGCUACAGCCCGGCAUCGUCAUCGGGGUCUGGAGGGAUCAGUCCUCAGUUGCAUUUGUCAUGGUCACCCUUCACUUCCACAGGCUGCUGGAAAGAAGCAGCCAGGGGUCUUCUGAUUGCCCCUACGUGGAGCCAAUAAUUAAAUCCCCUCAUGAUGACAUAGACCCUGAAUAUGGUCUCCAUGGUUACCAACUACACAUUGUUCUCUACAACAGUGCGUGCACGAUCAUGUCCAGAAGCUUCCCCCAGAUCUUCUGCAGGAGAACUCAGAUCAGCGAUGGCCUAAUCCAGCUGCCUGCCAUUAGCAGCACAAUCAUAUCGCAGCACACACCUCUAUCCAGCAGAAUCAACCUUCCCUGGAGGUGUGAGGCCCUGCAGGGCGCAGUGAAGAAUUGCUGCAUCAUGAGUUUGACUCUACUGGACGAAUUCAAGACCCCUUUCUGGUGUGUCGGCUCUCCGGUUUCCAUGGAGCGCCAGAAGACGCCUGUCUCCUACGACUAUGACGGGGAGCACUUCCUGAUCCACUACUGCGACUCAGAUGGUGAGGUGAAGAUGAAACUUGUCUGGAUGAAGGAACAGGAGCAGUUUUUUGUCAUCUCAUUAGUUGUCUCUGUGUCUGUUUGCAAAGUCAACAAACAUUUCAAUAGAAAUUACUGAACCUGCAGUAUUUCUUGAACAGGUUGUAAGGUUUUUGUGAUUGAUCUUUUACCAUGUCAAUUAAACAUAUGUG